AUGAUUGUUCUUGACGUGAGUUAUAGUAGCUUGCAAAAAAUUUGGGAAGGAGACAAGCUUCUCAAGUCACUAAAAAUCCUUGAUCUUAGUCAUUCCCAUUACCUUAAAACUCCCGACUUCUCGAAAGUCCCCAAUCUGGAGAAGUUGAUAUUUAAAAAUUGUGCAAGGCUAGUUGAGGUUCACGAAUCCAUUGGACACCUUGAGAGACUUGUUUUGUUCAAUUUAAAAGAUUGCAAAAAUUUGAGGAAGCUCCCGAGAAGCAUUUGUAUGCUAAAGUCUUUGGAAACACUUGACAUCUCAGGUUGCUCAAAUCUUGAGGAACUGCCAACAGGAAUGGAGACUAUUGAGUCAUUAACAGUUCUCCAUGCAAAUUGA